UCGUCCUCUCCGCUGCCAGGCGUGUGCACAGCAGGCUCUCCGUCGUUGUUGGGGGUGUUCACCGGGUAAUGGCGUACAGGCGUAGCAUCAUAGCUAGAUCGAAGUUGUUCUACCAACAGCACCAGCGACUUUCGCCUUCACUUUCGCACAUUAGUGGAAGAGACCGUGAAGAGUUGGCAGCAAAAAGGAAUCCUGAGAUGCUCAGCAAUUUUGUGAUAUCCAGAAACAAUGCAGGCAAUUCUCGGCUUAUGCGUUGUGAGGUUCCCGCGGGCUUUCGGCUGAUUUUCCACAGAAACAUGUUGAAGGUUCCUUUGGACAUUGUGGUGGCUGAAAAGGCUGUUGAGGCAGCUCCAGUGGCGAAUGAAGUGGCCACUGCAGCUUCAAUUUCUGACUUUGACAUAAUUCAAUUUGUGCACUGUUACACUGGUUUGGAAUGGCGAGCCUCGUUUAAAACUGGUGGAAUACUAUGGCUUACGGAUUUAUCAGGUCCUAAUUACGUGGAACUUCCAAUCCUUGUGGCAUUGGCAUUUUGGGCUAACAAGAAUUUAUAUCCAUUUCAAUUUAUCAAAGGCGCCAGAGCAGGCGAGGAAAGUUCCAUCCAUUUCGGAUUUGCAUUAGUAUACGCUGUCGUGUUGAGAAAGCCUCGAGUUCAGAACUUGUUGGGGAUAUCAUUGACCAAGCCACAUAAAGCUGGAAAAUAG